UCCAAAUUUGGGUGCCCUAAGGUGCACUUGCACCCAGUAUUUUGAGCCCUGUAUGGUGAUGCAGUCUUGUAACCACUAUUUUCCAGAUAGCCACAGUUUGAAAGUUCAGUAUUCCGGGUAGGGUUGCAUGUGGAUGUUUGUUGCCCUUGACUACUUUCACAGAGACAAGUACAAGUUGGUACAGCAGGACCAGGUACAACAGUUGAGAACUCACUCAGCGCGGCGGAAAGAACAGGACAGGGCUAAAGCACUCCGACAGGAAACUCUGCGCAGGAGAAAGGCAUUAGAGGACAAGAAGAAGCAUGAUGCUGAGAAGGAGGCCAAACGCCGUGAACAGGAGCUGGCGAAGAGACGAGAACGUCAGCAGGAAGCCACAGAAAAAUUCCAGCGGGCUCAUGUCAGACAAGGCUCUGCACGAGGCCGGAAAUCCCGCACCCCGACUUUAGACGAGGUGUUACGACAGGUACGCGGGACGUCAAGAGCAUCGCCGAUAUCUGGUACAGCCACAACAUCCGCCAACACCUCCGCACGGACCGUCUUUUCAAGGAAAUAUGGUGGAAGCAAUCCUGACCUGUCCAUGGAGACUGGUGCUAGUCCAGGUCUGCAGUAUGGGAAACUCACGGCAGAAAUGCGCACCACAAGUGAGCGCAACUUGGCCAGCAGCAAGAAAAUGUUUGAACAGCAGCUGGAGGAGCAAAACCGUCUUCUUGCUGAACAACAACAGAGGACAAUAAAGGAGCUCCAUGAAGAGGUGGAACAUCUUCGGCGCAGCUCCAGUCUCUCCAGUCUGGACAGCCUGGAGGAGAAGUCCCACCCUGCAUACAGGACAGACCAGACCAUCAGUGGGAUCACCGUCGACUCCAAAUACACAGAUCCAAACUACGUAUCUCAGGGUUUGUAUGCACAAGGAACACCUGCUGCUAGGGCGGUAUAUGACAUACCAUAUGGACAAGAUUACUCUUCAAGUUUGGUGACUGACUCUAACUUUAGACGGCAGGCAGGUUACCAGUACCAGACUGGACAUGAUACAAACUUUCAGGCUAAUGGCUACUCUCACAUUGCUGGGCAGCAGCAGGCAAUCCUGGGCAGGCCCAGAGAUGCAGAGACUGAGCAUGGGCCACAGCUCAAUGCAUUUUCAAGUGCCACAAGUGUGCCCACAAACAGUGGAUACUCAGGAGGCAGGAGUUUCCUGGGUGUGUCGGGGGUGAGAAUACAGACUGCCGCCGGGACGUCUGCUUCCUCUGCACAGCAAAGACUUUUCACAACCGCCGCGGGGGAGCGGGGGGGUUUCCCACCCUCGGGUGCAGGGGAUUCCAACCACCAUACCUACGUCCAGGACGGGGAGGAACUACAAGUGGAGGAAGCUAAUGAAUUAGUCCAUGAUACUCUGGCAAAAAUGCCACAAGGUAUGACAGGCAUGGGCUAUGGGACUAACAACAGAACAGUGGCACAGACUCCCUACUCAAACCCCAGAUAUCGCUUGUUAUUCUCUCAGAAAAAGGCUUGGGGCACACCCACCUUGCAGGGAGAGGAGAUAACAACAACACCCAACAGUUCAGCAAUAAGUAGUGCAGCUGUCAGCUCUACUGUCACUCACAGUACAGCAGCUGUCAGCUCUACUGUCACUCACAGUACAGCCCGUGUGAUUCCCACUGCCACCACUACAACAGUCUCCCAAACCACAAGGACUAACUCUGCCACACAAUCUAAUGGCACUAACAAUGCCUCAAGUGUGUCUCAGACUUCAGUUACAAGACCUACAAGCAUCUACUCUAAGCCACUCUUGAACUACUCUAGGGUGACAGAAAAUGCUGUCAUUAGUAACGGUGUUCACAGCCAGGCCAACGGAUACUCCAGGACUGACCACGACAGAGAGAAUUCUGCGGAAAGGCUCACAAGUUACAUCCCAGCAAGUCACGGCAGGACAGGGUCAGGAGCGGGGAUCUCGGUCAAGGGUCACGCUGUCAGCUCAGAACAGCAGGGUUCAGGUCAACUACAGCUGCAUGACACCCAGAAACGGCUGGAACUAUUAAGGCAAGAAAGGGAUGCUCAGCACAUGAAUGGAAUAUUGCAGAAGGCAACAGAGGAGGAACAAGAGAGCGACCAUCAGUCAGAUGUGGAAGAAGAGUUGGAGGAAGAGUCAGAACCAGAGCCUCCAAAGCCUAAGAUUAUUAAAGGGAUAUUGAAAAAGAAAUCCAAGUAUGAAUCCCAUCCCUCCAGACCCUUCAGUGUAGUUAUCACAGGGGGGAGGCAGAUCCAGGAUAGUGUGGACUUGGCAAAACAGGAGAAGAAAAAGCGUGGUAUUCGCUGGGUCGACCUGACUUAUGAUGAUGAUGAUAACGAAAGAAAGAAUGAUGACAAGAAGCAGACAAAUGCUCCCCAGUCUGUAGGGACAAGGCCACAGCCGAGCACACAAACCUCCAGGCCAACAACAACCCCCGAAGCCACCGCCAUUCAGAACAGACCAGCAAGGUUGCAAACAGGCAGGCGACGGGUAUCCAGUGCAGGGUCUGUACGGAAAGCAAUAUUAGCAAGAGCUAAAGCUGCAUCUCGACAAGGCACCAUAACAAUCCAUGCUAAUGACACUGGCAGCAGCCAACCUGCACAUGAUGAUGCUUCUGUUGGCAGCACUGUUGGUGACCACGGUGGAAAGCCAAGUAAUCGUCAACUCAGUGUCUCAACUUGUAGUUACUCCAUACAAAGUGCACCCAGCCAGCCACAAGCUUCUACACACAUGCCCAGGAAGGUAGAGAACACAAAACAGUCCAACACACAACAGAUAAAAACAGAAAAUGAAAAUGAAAUCUACAGUGCCAAUGGACUUCGUCUUGACAAGACACCUACAGACGAUGAAAUAAACUGGCUUUGGGACAAGGUUCGGUCCUGUCUGAACCAGAGACCUGACCGUGCAGGAAUGGAUACAGAGCCUGGAGUAUCAACAGCUUCUACAACUAAACAGGACCCUGCUGUAUCAGGCAGCCGACAGACAGCUCAGAUGUCCCAGCUGACCCUGGACGGCGGCAGACUGGCAGGUUCUGAUGUUAGACUGAGAACCAUGCCCAGGGUGGGGGGGUUCACAUCAGCACCUCCCGCAGGAGGAAGAAGAAGAACAGCCAGUGACAGCACCAGUGCCUCUGUACGUCGUAACGCCCUCCUGCAGCAGAGGAACCAGCAGAGAGCAAACACCUUACAGAAGCCCCCGACUCCCACAGCCCAGCAGGUCAGGGUCACGGACAUCUCCCAGCAGCCUACUUCAGGCCCCAUCCCCAGUACCCAGGAACCAGGCAACAGGACAGGUCCGACUGACAGUGAGGUGACAGAAAGUCUGGCUGCUUUCCUGGAGGCUGAGUACAUGUCUGACCAGCCUAUCUCUGAAGCUGAGAUUGCUGCUGCACUAGAUGCCAUGCACAGCAGACAGACAGGACAAAAGGCACCAAGUGCACUGUCCAUGGAGGAACAGAGACUUCUACAGUCUUUAGACAGACUCAAUCAAAGGUUAAAAGUUACAGAAACUAUCACCCAGAAUGUUUCAACCAACAUGCCACAAAAACCACCACUCCACCCGGGAACCAGGAAUGCCCAGUCCAAGCCCAAGCGGGUGAUGUCAGCCACUACCAUGGGACCUCGCUAUCACUUCAGAACAGGCUCUGCUGACACCAACACACGCUCCAAGAAAACCUAUGUCUACCAGUAAAAGUUUUUUUUUCUUUAUCUCUAAUGUCACAAACAUAUUUCAGUCAUCCUUGGAUAUUUUCAAUCGUGCUUCAUGUUGUUUAAAAUGGCUACAUUUGCAUGUAUACACAAACACACAUUCAUACAAUUUUUUACUCGUAUUUUCAGUCCUAAGGGCCAAACUGUACAAUUGUGUACUAUUUGCCUUGUACCUCCCUGAAUGCCAUACUGUGAUUUUCUUGAACUCUUGAAUAGCCACUGAUAUCAGAGAAGAAUCUGUGGAAAAUCAUUACAUUGAUGGAGGCUCAAUCUCCAGGCAAACAGCAUUUGUCAAAGAAUACAUAAUUAUUGAUAUUGGAUAAGAUACAGAUAACCUGGGACAAGUAUACAUUUAAGUGCAAAUAUCACUGAUACAUACAUGACUGACAUACAAUUAUGUAUGUAAGAGUCUCUGGUUCAGUUGUAUCCCACCAAGAUUAAUCUCUUAUAAGCUAAAGAGGCGAUAUUCAUCAAUUAGGCCACACCAAUUCAAUUUCUUGGUUAACAGAUUUUUCUAGAAAAAUAAUGGAGCGGGCGGGCGAAAAAAAUAAAAA